CUUUGAAUCAGCACCCUCACUUUUGCGCUGCGAAGCGACCUCGACUGCUCUGCUUCAGCACCUGCUCGUACUAACACAACACACCCAGGACGUGACCAGCCGUCUCACUAGCACAAUGGUGAGUGUCGCCAACAUCAUGCGCGCCUCUCUACGACUGCACCCGAUCUGCUUCUCUUGAAACAUGAUCUGAAAAGCGUCUGUCGAUGCGAAAAUGGUGUACGGUACGGGAGAGGAAGUGCAUUGGCUAACCAUUCCAUCGCGGAUUGCAGGCAAAGGGCGAAUCUUCCACACAGCAGGCCGAUGGCUCCGCCGUCAAGACCCAGGGCGGCAGCGACAAGUCCGCCAACCCCAUGCGUGAGCUCCGCAUCCAAAAGCUCGUCCUCAACAUCUCCGUCGGCGAGUCUGGUGACAGACUUACUCGUGCCGCCAAGGUGCUCGAGCAGCUGAGCGGUCAGACUCCAGUCUACAGCAAGGCCCGCUACACUGUCCGUACCUUCGGUAUCCGUCGUAACGAAAAGAUUGCCGUCCACGUCACCGUCCGUGGACCAAAGGCCGAGGAGAUCCUCGAGCGUGGCCUGAAGGUCAAGGAGUACGAGCUCCGCAAGCGCAACUUCUCCGAGACUGGCAACUUCGGCUUCGGUAUCUCCGAGCACAUCGACUUGGGUAUCAAGUACGACCCAGCGAUCGGUAUCUACGGAAUGGACUUCUACUGCUGCAUGACCCGCCCUGGUGAGCGUGUCUCCAAGCGUCGCCGAGCGAAGGCCAGAAUCGGUGCCUCCCACCGCAUCACCCGCGACGAGACCGUCAAGUGGUACAAGAACCGCUUCGAGGGUAUUGUGCGAUAAAUGCAUUCUGCGAAAGAGACGGCUUGAGAAAUCAGCCUACGAAAUCUCAAUGAAAAGCAUGGGAACUUGGCGCAAAUGAGCACGGCUGCUGGUGGUUUGAGUAGAUACCCAGACAUAAGAAUAUGGCCUAUCGGAGCUCUUCUCAAGCAUGAGCAAGAUCAAUUCAAUGGAGGCUUCACCACUGCGUGACUUUGCCGCUUAACCAUUCGAUCACUGCCUCACUGCGUCUGUCACCUUCCCUUUGCUAUCUUUGCUACCUGUGCCUCCGUUGUCUGUACGUCUCCCUCAUCUUGUCAUUGCUGCAGAUC